UAAUUCAAUGUGCCUUGCUUAGUAAACCGCGUCGAAUGUGUAUGAUAAAAUCGUUAUCGCUCUGUACAGGCGCAGUUUGUGCAGACAGUAUAGAAAACACUGGUAUAUGCUUCAAAUGGAUUUAACAUUUACGGAUUCUCGAAAUAAGAUAUAGUGCAAUGUUUCAGUUUAGGAUAGUGAUAUUGAGAACAUGAUUACCAGUUUCCCAAAGGAUAGUUAUAUUUUCUUGUGGAUUCAAUCAUGGACGCCCCUGUAGAUUUUUCAUUAGACAGAGCUCGGAUUUUGAAUGGAAACAUUUCUUCUUACAAUGGGAGUAAUUUCAGUGAAUCUGGGAGAUCUUCGUCUGUGGGGGGAGGAGGGUGCGUUCAGGAUCUCACUCGAGGGUCUACGACCCCCUCCACCUCCUCCGACUUCCAUAGAUAUUUUCAUCCAGCGGGAAUUGCUCUGGCUGCUCAAGGUGCGUCCACUUAUCCCAUGAUGCACAGCUAUUUGGCGGGAGGAAGCUCCGCAAUACCUGAUCAUCUGAAGUCUUUACUGCCAGAAUACUACGCAUCACAUCCUGAAGGAUUGUCCCGUUACAUGUUUCCUGGCCCAGGAUUCCUCCCUCCUUACCUCCCGUCCUAUAUGUCCGCCACAGAUUCCUUGUCUUUAUUCGCCCACUCGGCAGGAUCGUCGGCCUAUCACAGGAUUUACGAUCUGCAUAAAGAAGCAGCUCUUUAUCACGGAGCGGCUCGCUCUGGGUUAUACAGUCCUCCAUCUUCAACGUCAUCUUCAACGGCAUCCGGAAGAUUAUCCUCCGAUCAUGCAUCUAAACGAGAUUCAAAAUCGACAGAUUCCAAACGCUCACUGGAUCUCAGCAAACAUGGCUCUCGCGACGAGGCAACUGCAUCAAAAGUUAAACCUUCCAAAGACAUUGACAGAAAAGAUGAACGAACGAACAAACGUCCAUGUGAACUGUCGCCGACUAGAAGUAGAAAGUCUAAAAUUCCAAGAGUUUCAGAAAAUGACAAGAAACUCGAGAAAGAAUGCCCAAAAGAAAAUUCGACAACUUCAGUCUUAGAAUCCAAAAUCUUGGAUAAGACUAACAGUAACAGUGAGGUUACCGUGACCAUUGAUGAGUGCAAGAAAAUUGACAAAGAUGACGUUUUAGUGGAUUUAUCUAUUAAAAUUCCAAAAUCAGAGUUAAUAUCUCCCAAAUCUCUUAAAACUAGUCCAACUGCUUCUGAUGGUUCUCUAGAAGAAAAGACGUCACCUUUUUCAAAUAAAGACACUAAAUCAUCAGAAGACAACAAUACAAUGACCACCAAGACCACGACAACGUAUUCAAUGCCCUACUACCACUCAAUUUACUCUCACUCUCAACCGGAGGGGGUCACAGAUGGGAAGAAGGUCCAUGCACCAACAUUCACUCCAGAGAUCGUCACUUUACCCAGCGUUGUACCCAUCUCAUCCCUUCCUGUACAAACAAUAGCGUGUGAUAUGAGAAUCAAGAAGGAAAAAACUUCCUCCUCGUAUACAUGUUGUAAUCAGUCGUCUGCAUUGACACAGAACACGACUGCCACUUGCCAAAUGAGUCCAAAAGCUCAGAAAAGUAACACUGCAUCAAAACAGAACGAUUCCCACGAACAAUUAAAAACUGACAGUAAUAAACGGAAAGGCAAAGACAAAUCGGCAUCUGGAAGAGAUAAUUCAAUAGAAAGUGAUAUGGACAAGCUCUCAAAGAAAACAAUAGAUUCAUGUCAAAGUAAUGUUAUGCAAAGUUCAAAAUGUUCAAAUAAAGGCAAAUUGAAUAACAGUUCCAAAACACAGCUAAGUGAAUCAAAUAAAACAGUGUCAAGCGAAGUUGUCACAGAUUUAUCAAAGAAAACAAAGAGUCAACCGACGGAGGUACUCCAUGAUAAAUCGGCUAUCAAGCCGAAAACCAAAUCAGCUUCUUCUACAAAUGUGUCACCAAAUGAUCAGAACAGAGAAAUCCCUUGCUUAACUCAAUCCUCCCAAUCUAGUACUGGAAAAGCAGAAACCGACAAAAGAGAAAGAAGUGAUUCUUCGGCUGUUAACUUAGUCAAGGAAAAAUCUACAAUUCCCGAAACUAAUUUAAAAAAAGAAGAACUACAGAGUUCAGAUAACAUUGUGCCAGAUAACACGCCUUGUGAUGUUUCUUCCAAAAAAAAGGCUGGGAAACAAUCAGGGAAAAGACAGACUGGAAAACUGAAAUCAAGUCUGGAGGAUGGCGCAGGAAUGAGUAAUAUACCAAUUGGAAUAGCAGUAGCACAGAAACGAGAGGAUAAAAAGACAGACAAAACAGAGACAUUAGAAAUAUCCUUUAAUAAUGGUGCAGCUAAUGACCCGUCAGCACGUACCCAUGGAGAUAGUGUACAAGUUGUAUCCAACCAACGAGCUUUGUCAAAGUCCACCACCCCUAGUUCAUCUAUCGCUGAUAUGCGUAAUCAGCUUCCGGCAAACCUUAUUGUUACAGGUUCUGCAAAUGGCACUGGGGUGGCUUGGGCAGAUGAUCCCUCUGCUAGACAUUUUACGCCACCAUGGAUUCAAUCUGGGCAUUCCACAAUCGGCCAAUCACCAUGGCUGUCACAACUUCCAGCUUUCAAUCUUAGCACUAGUAUCCCUACAUCUACCACCUCAAUCGAAGGGAACCAACUUCCCUUGACCAUUCCACCUGGAUACAAAUUAAUACAAGAUUCUGUCGGACAGCUUUUACUUAUACCUUCCACAAAUAUUGACAUGUAUGAUCAUCAUCGUCUCUGGGCUUUUCCUGGAACACAUACACCACAGAUACAACAAAUAUUUACCGCACAGCAAGCUCCUCUUCAGCACCAAGUGAUUGGGAACACUGCUGAUAGGCCUGCUACUGACUUUACUCUUGGUGUAACAUAUCCCCAGCAGUUCCAGACCCUGUACCAGUCUCGUGAUGAUCAAAUGAUAGACAAGAAAAGCGUUCAAAUUUUGCAGCCAAAGGUUGUCUCUGAUCAAGAGAUUUUAGAAAAAGAUGUAACAACAGUCAAGGAAGAGGGGGCAUCAAAAGUGGAUAAAGAAAGAGAAAAAACUGACACUACCAAAGAAGAAGUACCUGCUGCUAAAGUACUGCCUACUUCAAAUCAAGUAGUAUUUCCUCCAGCUUUCAAUGCAGCAGUUGUUACCGACGUACCGUGUACCGUAAGUGUGGUGCAGGCUGUCAAAGCGGUGACGUCAUUAGUCCAGUCACGUGGCACGUCACCCAUGAUUCCUGGAACUGAAUGUGAAGACACGCCUCAGGAUAAGAUAGAGAAUGUGCAUGUAAAUAAUGAGGUGUCUUCUUCUGCUGAGGUCUCUGGUUUGUGUUCCAAAGGAGUUGCAGCUGUACAAACAGAGAGCACUUGCAAAACGUCAAAAACUGAUACCAAAUGUAAAAUUGAAAAAGAAGUCUCAUUAAAGGAUUCUAGUGAAGAGAUUUCAGCCAAUCAUUGUGCUAAAGUGUCUCUUCCAACCACCACGGUCAUUGGGGACGUCACAAUAGUAGAAAUGACACCGGACACUAAAUCACAUUCACAUGAAAUCGCAUCAACUAUUGAUCAAAACAAAACAGAGACACAUACCGAUUUAAUUCCAACAAAAGCGGAACAAGAUAGCAAUAAUUACAAUCCCUUUUUAGAUCCUCAGAUUCUUCAAGCAGCAGAUGGAUUAGAACUUUUAAGUGCCUUGGCUGAACAACGGGCAAAAUUUGCCUCCCCUGAAAAAGAAGAGAGUAAAAUUGAUCAGACAGUUGCGAAAGAUCAAACAGAAUCAAAAACACAUACAAAAACAAAUCCAAAAGAAACAACUAAAACAAAAAGUGUGGAAAAGAAAGAGUCGAAACCAGCGGUAAAACAAGUGCGAAAAAAGUCAGUGAGUAGAACACGAUCCCUGCCACCUGCUAAGCCAGACUGUAAAACCGAAGGAGGCAGUUAUUACACAUCUUCUGGUCUUCGGAUCCCUCAAGAUCUGGGUUCUUUUCUUGAAAUAGGAGACGACGAAAUUAACGCCAUAGAACUAGAUAUGAGAAUUCGUCUGGCAGAACUUCAAAGGCUCUAUAAAGAAAAACAAAAGUUGUAUGCAAAAUUACAACCGAAGAAAACCGACAAAGAAAAGGAACGUGUCGAUGACAAACAGCGGGGACCAGGACGGCCUAGAAAGAGACAAAAUACUACCGGAUCUCCACAGGAUAACAGCAACUCUGGUGAAAAGAGUAAGGGGAAAGAACCGCCUGUCAAGAAAAAGAAACAAGCGGAAGAGCUAGUAGACAGGGUAUUUAGAAAAACAGGCGGAGGAUUUGGGAUGCCACUUAGCAAAAAGCUGAAGGCUAACGCUAUGGCAGCACUUUUUAAGACUCAAUCUGGCUUUACUAUGAAACGGAAAGGCAGCGCAUCUGGCGGUCACGCCAACGAGAACCAGGAUAAUCAUUUUCACUUUGGGAAGACUGGAUUUUCCACCUCUACGGAAAAGCCCCUUGACUUCAAAGGUAAAAAAAAACUUUUUUUAAUCCAUCCAGAUAUUUUUUGAUCCUUGAAAUUUUCUGUAGAUAAUCUCUUUGGAUCUGCGAUGAAAAUGUUCAAGAAGAUCAAGAAAUCAAGUUCCCACUCCCAUGAAAAAGAAAAGCACAAAUACAAAUACCAGGAUGGAUUGUCAAUGCUAGCAAAUUAUGCCGUCUGUCACCAACGAGAACAGGAGCGAUCCUCUUUUCGAGAUAUACACGAGAACACGCAAACAUCACACAAAAAACAAAAGGAUAAGAAAAGGCGGGAAGAGAGGCAUGAAGAUCGGACUGAAAGCAAACGAGAAGAUAAGGAUAGAUUCGUUGAUAAACAUGAAGACGAAAGCAAAGACGGGUUGGAAGAUCGAUUAAGCCUGUGUAAGACCGAGCAUGAUAUUCCAAACGUUUUGGAGAGCAAAACAACUGUUGAUUUUGAGUCCUUGUCUGCACUUACUAAACCGCAUGUUCCUACUAAUAUUGACAUUAAAGAUUCCGAGAAAACGAGCAAGAGCGAAACUCCUUCAAACAGUAGCAAUAAAAAAAGAAAGCCGGGAAGACCCAGAAAAUGUACCCCAGAUCAGUCAGAGAAUGGAACAGAAACAAUUGUUGCAAAGACGGCAAAGAAUUUCAGAUUGUUCCAACUUCAAAAUUUUGAAAAAGACAGAAAGAUAAAGAUGGAAAACCAGGAAACGAUGAAACCUAUAUAUCUAGACGAGGAGUGGUUACGGAGGCGAAGUGAGCGCAUCUUCUUGAGUGAUCCUAGCCCGCAGCCAUCGCCCAACUUCACGUCAACCGCAACACAGCCAAACAAAGCGGCCAAUCAGCUACAGACAACAUCUAAAAUGACGAAAGUGACAAAACCUCACUGCAAUCAGGCUAAAUUACAAAAGGCUAAAAGUAUCAAAGAGUUGACCGACAAAGUCAAGAAAAAGUACUCAAAGAAGUUUCAGAAGAAUACAGACAAAAUUGAAAGGAGACCACCGCACAAAAAGCAGCCAAAAUCGAAGGCUUUUAUCGACUCUGACAGCAGUAGCGAGAGUGAGAGUGAUGCCGACAACAUACCACUAAGCGUGCUCCGAGAUCGCCCCCACACUCCAGAGCCUAAAACGUGUACCAUAGACAAGGAUGAGUUGGUAGAUGGAUUAAGAGUCCUGGUUUUCAAAGAUGGCUUGUUCUAUGAAGGAGCUGUAAAAGGGAUUCGUCCACCAGAUGUUUAUGGUGUUAUGGUGGAUAACGCUCGAGGAAACCGACCUUAUAUUUACUCACAAGAGGAAAUGCUAAAGGAAGUGAUUUUAGAUGUUAGGCCUCAGUCAUCAAAGGUUCUUAAAGAAGGAACCAGAAUCUGUGCCUACUGGAGCCAGCAGUUCAGUUGUCUCUAUCCAGGAACUAUUGCAAAAGCUAGUCCCAAUCCACACUCUGAUAAAUCCAGCAUUAAUGUCGAGUUUGAUGACGGAGAUUCGGGAAGAAUACCACUCGAUCACAUCCGAAUGCUGCCACGUGAUUUCCCAGUGGUCUCGUAUGAUCCGAACCCUCUGUUGCUUAUUGGUAAGCGAAGAAGACACACCACAUCGGAAAGUGUUGAAUCCUCCACAAAGUUAUCUGAAAGAUCUGAGAGCACGGACUCGAAACCAGCCCAGAAACGGGGCCCUGGUCGACCCCCGAAGCCGAAGUCUGAGAGAAAGGAUGAAGAAGACUGUGAUAUUGAUGUUUGCGGAUUUGAUGACGACAUAAAUGACGUGUUUUCGCCGUCUGCCAACAGCAAUCAAAAGACUGUGUCUCAAUCAAAAAUAAGUAGUGAAGAUAGAAAAACAGAGAAAAACAAAACGAACAAAUCCAAAAAGGAAAAGUCUAAGGAUUCGGCGAAAAGUAACCAAGAACAAGGUAAAAAUAAGUUUUAUCACAGUCUGGAAAAUUUGAGGAAGGCGUCUUCUCUUGAUAAGAGGCCUUUUUACAAGUCAACCCAUUCAUUGUCUCGAAAAGGCGGAAGUGACGUAAAAAUGGAACAAUCUACGCAUUCUCAAGAUGUAAAUUCUGUUGAUGACACAGAAAGAGGUAGAACUAAAUGUUCUCCAUUCAACAACUUGAAUAGAUCUUGUACAAUUGAGCCAAAGGCGGCAGCGUUUCUUCCUGCUCGACAACUCUGGGAAUGGUCUGGAAAAAGUACAAAAAGGCCUGGACUGAAAGGGAAGGCAAAGAAGGAAUUCUACCGAUCUAUUAUCAGGAACAAAGAGCACAUAUCCGUUGGGGAUUGUGCAGUGUUUCUAUCCACUGGCCGUCCUCAUUUGCCAUACGUGGGAAGAAUAGACAGCAUGUGGGAGGCAUGGGGAGGACAAAUGGUGGUCAAGGUCAAAUGGUUCUACCAUCCCGAGGAAACCAGAGGCGGAAAGAAACUACACGACAUGAAGGGUGCUUUGUUUCAGUCUCCACAUAUUGAUGAAAAUGACGUUCAAACAAUUUCUCACAAGUGUGACGUAUUAUCUUACACGGAGUAUAGGAAAACGCAAAGACCGGAUAAUCUGGUCACAAAGGAAACAGACGUUUAUUAUUUGGCGGGAACAUACGAACCUACGAUUGGUCUACUGAAGUUUGAAAAGGAUGUGAUGUAAUUUACAAAAUGUGUUAAACGUUGAUGACAUGAAUUUGUGGUAAUGUACCACAAAAAUGUUGAAGUAAUUUGUUAAAUAUUUGUAGUUGUUAAAAACUGUGAUAACAUUUUUUGUGUUCUUUAAAUGUCCGUAAUAUCUUCAAAAUAUUAAAUAAUAAGAAGCUGGCAAUUUAUUUCUGAAAAACGGAUCGUUUUGAAUUUCAUUUUUUUAAGAUAAUUUUUUAAACCUGUACAAUACGCAAGUUUACAAAAUUACUCUCCAAUGACAACUUCUUGUGAAGUUAUUCCAUCCUAAUUCGUUUGUUAUUAUACAUUUUGAAAGUUAUUUUUAAGGCUUUUGAUAUAUAUUUUAAACUAGUUUUUUCGCUGUUUUAAUAUAUGCAUUUAUUACUACAAUUAAAUUACUUUAAGGACAUAAUAAUAAAGUGAUAAUAUCUUACUGGAGUGCUAAAAUUACAUUUAGGAUAAUUAAAAAUGUUUAUUUUACUACUGUUAAAUUUUUAGCUAUAGAAUAUUGUACACACUAUGGCAGAAAGGUGCUUUAGAUAUCAUUUUUAUGAUUCUGGUUAUACCUGUACAUACAGGAUAACUUGUUUUUCACGUAUCUUUUAUCCAAUACGCUUUGCAUUUUAUUUUUUAAUUCCAAUAUUGAAAACGCAAAUAAUGUUAUGUAUAUAACAGUAAUUUUCAAAUCCUUGUGCUUACAUUUUGUGUUCAUCUAUUAUUCCAAAUCAUUCUGUGCUUGUUUAAAUACCGCAUUCUACGAUGUCCCUUAUGAAAAUAACUUUUUUUUGUUCUGCAGCUACGACAUGAUUGUGCUGAAAAAUAUCCAUGCAUUACUGUGUAUAUAAUGCAAAUAUAAGUGCAAUAGCAAUGCUUUUGAAAAAAAAAAAUCAGUAUACUUGAUAUAAUCUGGUUGCACGUUGAGUCUUUCAUGAAUGUUGGAGUCAAGCCUUGUUUCAAUAUCCAUUUGCUAGAUUGUGUGGCAUCGUUUUCUACAAAGAAAAAUAGUACCUGCUUAGUUCAAAAGGGAGUAGUAAUUAUUUGAAAUAUAUUAAUUUAGUGCUUCAGAAUUCCAUUUUUAGAAGGGGAUUUUGAGACAAGGCUUGAAUAAAAUACUUGUUGAUAUACAGUGGUUGUUAACUAUGUUAAUAUGGAGUAUUGUCAAAAUAUAAGUAUUUUUGGUGCAAAAGCUUUUGAUUGAAAGAGUGUGUGAUAGAUACUUGCUUAUAAGAAUAAGAGUGAAUCUCUUUAAAAAUCUUAUAUUUUUAACUGCAGUCAGACAGUGUCUCAAAUAAAGAAAACUACAGCACGA